GCCCCAUGGCCAUUCCUCCCCGCCCCGCACUGUUGCUGGGCGGUGGCUGAAGCCUCGGGACUGGCCCUGACCCUACCUGCCUGGCGAGACCUGUGCACGGGGCCUCCCCGCCAGCUCUCAGAGCGCAUGACGGCCACUGGGGCUUCGAAGGCUUUCAUCAGAAAAUUGUGGGUGGAAACUUCCCGGGGUUUGUGCCGAGCUUCUUGAGGCUUCUCAGCUUCAGAUGCAAAGUGAGUGGGCGUCUCUCAGAGAAACAGAAAGAGAGAACAAAAGUGAGGUGUUUCCCUCAGCCAUGGAAACCGUAUAAAGGAGGAGCCCGCUUCCCUCCCCUCGAGCAGUGCGUCGUCUCUGUGCCACCUGGGACUCCACGGGGCCGAGAAGGAGGAGCCCCCUUUGCCGGGGGGCGGCCGAGUCUCCGGCUGCCAUGCAGCAGACCCUGAACUACCCGUACCCCCAGAUCUACUGGGUGGACAGCAGCACCCCCCCACCCUGGGGCCCUCCAGGGACGGUCCUCCCCUGUCCCUCCUCAGUGCCUGGAAGGCCUGGUCAGAGGAGGCCACCACCACCGCCGCCGCCACCGUCACAACUGCUGCCUCCCCUGCCACCGCCACCUCUGAAGAAGAGAAGGGACCACGACUCAGGCCGGUGUCUCCUGGUGAUGUUUUUCAUGAUUCUGGUGGCCUUGGUUGCUGUGGGGCUGGGGAUGUUUCAGCUGUUCCACCUGCAGAAGGAGCUGGCAGAGCUCAGAGAGUCUUCCAGCCAAAGGCAUGUAGAAUCAUCUUUGGAGAAGCAAAUAGGACACCCGGAGCCGCCCUCGGAGAAAAGGGAGCAGAGGAAAGUGGCCCAUUUGACAGGCAAGCCCAACUCAAGAUCCGCCCCUCUGGAGUGGGAAGACACCUACGGGAUCGCCCUGGUCGCUGGGGUGAAGUACAAGAAGGGAAGCCUUGUGAUCAAUGAUACCGGCUUAUACUUUGUGUAUUCCAAAGUGUACUUCCGGGGUCAGUCCUGCAAGAAGCAGCCCCUGAACCACAAGGUCUACAUGAGGAAUUUGAAGUAUCCGCAGGACCUGGUGCUGAUGGAGGAGAAGAUGAUGGACUACUGCACUACUGGCCAGAUGUGGGCCCGCAGCAGCUACCUGGGCGCAGUCUUCAACCUCACCAGUGCCGACCAUUUAUACGUUAACGUGUCUGAGCUCUCUCUGGUCAAUUUUGAGGAAUCUAAGACAUUUUUUGGCUUGUAUAAGCUCUAAGAAAAGCACUUUGAGAAUUUUCUCUGUUAUGGUUCCUUAUUACAGGCACCGAGAAGACCUUGAAGGAAGGUCUUCUUAAGCCCACUUGAGGUCAAGUGAGAAGACAAAAACCAAGAGGGCCUUGAGACCACAGGGUCUAGCAGGUCCAUGAGCCAGACAGGGUGAGAAAGACGAUGGAUGAACGUAACACUCUGGGAUGCAUGUCAAGACGCAGAAGAGGGAAGGGCAGCUACGAGAGCAUUCUACACUUGGCUUCAGAGUGUUUGCACGCAUUGUGAAGGACACCUUUUAACUCACCUCUUGGGGUGGGUCUACUCUCUACCUCAGGGGAGGCUGGCUUUCAGGUACAUGGUGUGAGAUGAGUGGACAAGGGAUGGAAAAGGGGACUCAGCUUGCGUGAUGAGCUCGAGAUACUGAAAGGCCUGUUUCCCAAUGGCAGCACCUUUACUUCCAAAGCCAUAGCCUGGGCCACCAGGUGAUGUGGACAGAGAAGCUAGGGAGAUUUCUGGGGGGUCUCAGUCCAUUCCCUAUAUAGCAUGUAUAUUUCCUGAGCAAUUGUAGGGGUGCGUGCGUGUGUGUGUGUGUGUGUGUGUGUGUGUGUGUGUGUUUGUGAGGCUGGGAGAGUUACCUAAGUAGAGAGAACAUGGACAUCGUGAAGGAUGUGCUAGGAGAAUAUGGGGCACAUUCGGUGUAGUUUUUGAAUGCUUCUUGGCAACCAGCUCCAAGAGGCCUCUAAUCUUUGUCAGCUAGUGAUGCUAUUUUUCUAUAAUAUAAUCCAUAUUUAUAUACAUACA